AUGUACAAUAUAGAAUACAUUCGCAUCACCUUGAGAGAAGACGAUACUGAACCAACGGACAUAACAAAUGGAAAUUGUCCAGAUCCUCCACAAGACUGGACAUGCCAUGAUUUGGACCACACAGCAGCAAUUCCCAGAACACAAUGUAUUGAUCCAACACAAGAAACAACAACGGAAAUUGUCACUACCACCGAAACCAUGACUACAACUGUUCCAACAACCACGGAAACAAUUACAACAGCUGUUCCAACAACCACGGAAACAAUUACAACAGCUGUUCCAACAACCACGGAAACAAUUACAACAGCUGUUCCAACAACCACGGAAACAAUUACAACAGCUGUUCCAACAACCACGGAAACAAUUACAACAGCUGUUCCAACAACCACGGAAACAAUCACAACAGCUGUUCCAACAACCACGGAAACAAUCACAACAGCUGUUCCAACAACUAUAGACAGUGCUACAACAACCACAAAAUUAGGGUCAACAUCAGGAAACUCUAUUUCAGAGUCUACCAGUUCACCCUCUAAUUCAAACAAUACAUGUUAUUGUCCGUGUAACAGUGGGGGAUAUCUUGUUCUGACAGAUGCAGAACUCAAAGAGAAAAUAGAAAAAAUUAUUUCAGAAAUAAAAAUAGAUCCAAAAGCAACGUCAUUGGCAAAGCGAAAGUUAAUAAGUGCGGUUGAUAGUAGACCAUCGGCUAAAGCGGUAGGGUCUUUAGGUAUUGUUAUUUUAGUUGUAAUUGCUGGUUUUAUAAUUAUUAUGGAUUCAAACGUAAUUUUUAGAAGCAUAGAACAAUUAAUUGCAAAAAGGAAGAAAAAUAAAAGCAUUGAAGAAAAUUAAUUAAUACAGCGCUAAUAUAAUUGUACAUAUAAAUAUAUGAUGAUAAUUUCUAA